UCCCGUCGGUCUUCGUCUUCAGUGCCCACCUCGCCAAGCCCUGGCCGUCAAGUCGCUGCUGGCUCUGGCAGUCGAAGAUACACUUCCACAUUCGGGCCAUACCUCUUACAGCGAACCCUUGGAGAAGGGGAAUUUGGCAAAGUCAAGCUGGCUAUCCAUCUGGAUACGGGGAAGUCAUUCGCCAUCAAGCUCAUGAAAAAGGAUAGCCUUGACCAGCAGACUACCAAGCGGGCGAAAGUUAUGCGCGAGAUCUCAAUCUUCCAGACUGUUAGUCAUCCAUACAUCGUCGCAGUUGAAGAGGUCGUAGAGACGCGAGAGUAUAUUGGAAUGGUCAUGGAGUAUGCCUCCGGCGGCGAAAUGUUCGAGUACGUCCUGACCCGUCGCCAACUCAAGGAACCCGAGGCUUGUAAAUUCAUGUGCCAGCUACUCUCCGGUGUUGCUUAUCUACACAAUCGGAAGAUCGUUCACCGUGACCUUAAACUCGAAAACCUCCUUUUGGACGGAAAUCGAAACGUUCUCAUUACCGAUUUCGGGUUCGCCAAUCGAAUGCAAGCGGAAAAGCCCGACGAGUCUAAAUUGCUCUUGACCUCAUGUGGAUCACCCUGUUACGCGGCACCUGAACUUGUCCUCGGCCACGGAUACAUGGGUGAGGCCGCCGACAUCUGGUCCUGUGGUGUUAUCCUCCAUGCGAUGCUCUGCGGCUUUCUCCCGUACGACGAUGACCCGACGAACCCGGACGGGAACGACAUCAAUCUGUUAUACACUUACAUCACCGGAACUAAGCUGAAGUUCCCUGACCACUUGUCAUUCGAAGCAGCCGACUUGAUGAGCAAAAUGAUUGUGAUUGACCCGAGCCGCCGCGCCCGAAUGCCUGAGAUAAUGGAUCACCCGUUCCUUGAACCGUAC